AUGAAGUUCGUCUCGGUUGCUGUAGCGGCUCUGGCUACUCUGACCAUCGCCCGACCAGGCACGCUCAACGUACCCAAGGCGGACGACCAGCCCACUACGCCUGCGAACCCGCCCCAGUCUCAGGAUUGUGUACAGUGCGCUGCAAACUACGGCAACGUCUGCUUCGCAGAUGUGACGUGCUUCCAGUCAUGCAACGACGAAUGUCAAGAUUGUGUCUUUUGCUGCGCUCCACAGCAGAGCGAGCUUCAUCAGCGCGACUCGUCUCCAUGCCAAGGAUGCUACGCAACAUAUGAUGAGUGCAUCGAACUAUGCCAUGACGACGUGACAUGCCGCAAAGCAUGCGACUCCGAUAUGUGCAACUCAUCUGAAUGCUUCAGUUGCCAGAACUCCAAUUGUAUCCAUACUGCGCUCGUCAACGCCGGCCUCUCGAAGCGCGAGGACACCAGCCCCGUCAUCUCGGAUCGUCCACCGCAGACAGAAGAGAGCUGUGAUGACUGCGACGUAACCUACGAUGAGUGCCUUCACACGUGCAAUUUCACCGACCAAUGUAUCAGCCGCUGCAGAAGCAUGCUCUGCGGCUCGCAAUUUUGCCGCACGUACUGCGGCUAUGACGUCUGCCACAAGCAUGAAUCCACCAUUGACGACGUCCCGGCGGCUCCCUCCACUCUCUCAAAGCGUGAAGAUACUAGCCCUGUCCUCUCCGGCCUUCCACCACAGACAGAAGAGAGCUGUGAUGACUGCGACGUAACCUACGAUGAGUGCCUCCACACGUGCAAUUUCACCGACCAAUGUAUCAACCGCUGCAGAAGCAUGCUCUGUGGCUCGCAAUUUUGCCGCACGUACUGCGGCUAUGACGUCUGCCACAAGCAUGAAUCCCCCAUGGACGAGGUCUCGGCGACUCCCUCGACUCUCUCAAAGCGUGAGAAUACUAGCCCCAUUCUCUCUGGUCGUCCGCAGAGCAAGGACGUCCUCGCAGUCCGGGACAGCGACGAUGUGCACCUGAUUGCACGGUCCGACACCCUUGACGAAAUACUUGCCCAGCUCCACGACCCUGCUACCACGUCUGUGGACAAAGACACCACUGACUCAAUUCUCGCGAACCUCGAAAACCUCCCUGCGGAGGACCUGGACGAUGACGACAUGAACAAAGUCAUCCAGAUUGCUCGUCUCCUUUGGAAAUUGUCUCCAGACCUUCAGGACAUAUUCGAUGAUAUGGAAAGCGAAGGGCUUGAUCAGGGAGAAGGGAGCAAGCUCACAAUACUUGCUGCUCUCGUUAUGGCUCAGAAUACACGUUCGAACGCUAUCAACGGCACCCUCGCUCGGGACCUCGCUUCUCUGCCCGUUCCUCCGCCUCAGUGCCUAGGGUGCGAGAAUCAUUAUCUCGAGUGCAUCCGAGACAGUCGUCAUCCACCUAGUACAUGCAGGGAGGCCAUCUGUCUGAACCCGGACUCAAACCAUCGAUGCAAGAACGAGUGCGGCUUCACGGGCUGCAAGACCGAACCAGUCGGCCAUCCUCCCAAGUCUCUGAACACGGGUUCGGACGCUAUUGGCGGAAUUCUCGCCCGAGACCUCGAUCCUAUCCCCGUUCCUCCGCCUCCAUGCCUUGGGUGCGAGACCCGGUAUCUCAAGUGCAUCCAACCUUGCCCUACUGAUCCUGGAUGCCAAAAGGCAUGCAGGCAGGCUGUCUGCCUAAACCCGGACUUGAAUCAUCGAUGCAAGAACGAGUGCGGCUUCACGGACUGCUAGGCGGAAUCGGUCGGGUCCCUUCCUAGGUGAUGGUUUCAAAUGAUAGCGAUGCUCAAGGCCCAAUCAGUAGUCUCUGUCCUAAGUCCUGGUUAUUCGGCAACUGCUCCGUGAAAUAUCGGAAUCGAUGUUUAUAAACUUCCGAGAACAGAUUAGCGUGCUGUAUCUUUGAUAUUUUCGAAUGGAAGUUUUCUCUGCUC